AUGCGGUGGUGUUUCAGCUUUGCUCUAACCCUCGCCUUCAUGCACAUGGCCGUGGGCCAGGAGAAAUCUGACGGUGACCGUGCUGUGGGUGGCAUGCUGGUGUACCCAACUGAUGGCAGCCACUGGAUGAGCCUGCGUGCUCUGUCCCUCGCCGUGUCUCGGCGUGGUUACCGAGUGGUCGUGGCAUUGCCCGCGACAGGUAAUUGGAUGGUGGGGGAGACGCCUGGGCUAGACUCGGAGACCUUCCCUGUGCCCUUUGUUGAUCAAGAUAACGUGUUCGACACGUUUUUACGAGAAGUGGUAUUUAAAGAAACGGAUGGCGUUACAGAAUUCACUUUUAGGAGCUUUGAGAGUAUCUACAAGAAGUGUGCCGUAAUGUGUGAUAGCUUACUUGGCAAUGUUGCUGUGAUGCAGCGACUUCGAACCUAUAACUUUGAGGUUCUUCUCGCUGACCCCAUAGAUCCAUGUGGAGCAAUUUUAGCUGACGCACUGGGGCUCCCGUCAAUAUUUCUUUUGCGUGGUAUUCCAUGCAAUAUCGACUUAAAAGCUGCCCACUGCCCAGCACCAUCGUCGUACGUUCCCCAAAGUAUGUCAGGCUUCACAGACCAAAUGAGUUUCACCGAGCGGGUCACCAACAUGUUUAUGGGUUUAAAGCAGGAUCACCUGUGUAUUGACUUCAUUCUGAAACGCUUUGAUGAGCUGGCCAGGCGCCACCUGGGCCGGGACGUUACGACAAUGGAGCUGCUUAGCAAUGCGUCCAUCUGGCUGCACCGGACAGACUUUGUCUCUGACUAUCCCCGCCCGACUAUGCCCAACAUGGUGAACGUCGGAGGUUUGACAUCCGGUGAAGCUAAACCUCUUCCACAGGAUUUGGAGGAGUUUGUGCAGAGUUCUGGGGAGCAUGGUGUGGUCGUGGUAUCAUUUGGAUCCUUGGUGUCAGCCAUUCCUCAUAGAAUAGCCAACGUUAUUGCAGAGGGCCUGGGCAGAAUCCCUCAAAAGGUUAUAUGGCGCUAUGAAGGACCAACUGUCGAAAAGCUCUCAAACAACACAAAAGUGAUGCCCUGGUUACCACAGAGGGACCUCUUAGCCCACGCUAAGACUCGUGUAUUCGUGACGCACGGGGGAUCGCUCGGCAUCUUCGAGGCCAUCUGCUAUGGCGUCCCCAUGCUCGGCCUGCCACUCUUCGGGGACCAGUUCGAAAACAUGGCCCGCAUGCAAAACAAGGGUGCAGCACUGGUGCUCAACAUUCACUCCCUCGACGCUGGCUCUCUCGCCUUGUCUAUCUCCACAAUCGCCACUCACAAGAGCAGCUACAAGGAGAAGUCAUCACUUCUCUCGCGUCUGCACCACGACCAGCCGCAGAAGCCCAUGGACAGGGCAGUGUUCUGGGUGGAGUUUGUGAUGCGGCACGGUGCGGAGCACCUGCGAGUGGCGGCUCACCACCUCACCUGGUACCAGGAGGCCGGCUUUGAUGUGGCGGCGUUUCUGCUGGCAGCCAUAGUCCUGGUGACAAGCGUGUUGACUGCGCUCAUCACGAUCUGCUGUCGCUGGCUCUGUAGGGCCAAACACAGUAACGCCACCGUAGGCAAAGAAAUGGCAGCCUCUAAAAAACACAAAUGAUUUUAUCCGGAGCAAAAAAAAAAAGAAAUCUAUAUUAUAUUUAGUGCACGUGUAAAUAUCUUCGAAAACAAUAUGAUUAACACUAUGAUACCUCCUUUACCAGUGGCAAAAUAUAGUAAUUACCCUUUCAACUGGUACAAAACUGACACCUUUAUACAAAGCAUCAUGUUUGCAAUAACCACAACACAAGCAGUCAAAAUGGAGACUCGAGCCUCGUCUCCAUUGGUGUAGACUAGGCUCUAAGAAAAGCUGUCUCCGGUGUGGACCAAUCAACUUUAUUAUCAUCAUCAGAGUUGUUUCUUUUUGUUUGCAUUUUGACUGCUUGUGUUGUGGUUAUUGCAAACAUGAUGCCUUGUAUAAAGGUGUCAGUUUUGUACCAGUUGAAAGGGUAAAACCCUAUUACUAUAACAAUAUGAUUGUGCUGAUUUUGUUUUCUGAAGUUGAAUGCGAAUGUAAUUCCCUUGAAUGUGUUUUCUUAAAAUAGUGUCUGGCUAAUUUCAUUCAAGUGCUCUUAGCAAGUAGAUUUUGGCGACGCGUGGGACAUGGCUUUAGAGACACUUUGAAUGUUAGCGAUUGAGACUGGUUUUGUACGGUCAUCUUAGUUUGUAUUGGGUCGGGUAAUUGGUCUCUUGUUGAUUGCUUUCUAUAAAACUUUGACGUCACAAGGUGAUCAAGUGGACAGGUGUCUCAAGGCUCAGAGAUACAACCGUAGUACCGGCGGUACGCACUUGAUGUUGUGGCAAUUUUAGGAGAAAAUGCACAAAGUAAUUCGGCUAUUGCAUGACUAGAUCAAUACUCUCCAUAGUACUCAUUUCGCCUGUCCCUUGCCUCCAACUCUGUAAUGAGCAAUUGCAGAACGCAGUUAUCUUCCCCGUUGAAAAUUAACUAGUAUGUUUCUGGACAGAUUGUUCUUGGCUUAAUCAAAUGCUUCAACGUAACCGAGCAUCACGAUGUUCCUGAGAAAGGGGCCACGGUGAUCUCGCUUGAG